AUGUCUGCAGUAAUAGUAAGUGUAGUUAAGCUUACCUUUGGUCUGUUGUCAAAGAAAGUUCGUGCCCACUGUGCUCAAAGGCUGCAAAAUGGUGGGCUUGCUGACAAAGAAUUUAGAAAGCUAAUUGUCAGUGAACUUGAUGAUAUCAAGGAUAGACUGGACGCUCUUGGUCUGACAGAACUUGAUAAUGGGAUCAGCUGCUUAAACCAAGGUGUGGUGCGCCUAAAUUUGUCUUUUAGUGAUUCAGUAGAUGGUACUGGCCAGUCGCAAUUGCCAAACGCUAUUAAGAAACAAUCAGAAAUGUCGUUGACAUCCAUGGGGCCAUCUAGUGAAGCUAUGCCAGAUAUUGAACAAGUACUUGCACUUGCUCACGUCGUCGGUACACUGAAGAGUAUUCCGAACAAACGAUAUGAGUUGGCCGAGGAAUCUUUUAAAAAUGCGGCAAGAGAUGCAGGCAAGGCAUUCCACAACCGCUCGCUAAGCAUAGAAGCGAGAAUUCUUGCAUGUCAAGUCCGUAUCGCAAGCGGAAUACUUCAACAUUUGGCCGAUCCUGAUUUAGCAGCCUGUGACUGUCUGCAAUAUUUGAAAGAAUUGCAUAAGAUUCCAGAAAUAUUCGAGAUCUUUGAUGUAUACGCUAACGGAGGAUUUAAAUCGAUUUUUAGUAGAGAAAGACGCGCUGAAAUCGUAGAAUCCGUCAUUACGAUCAAUUUAUCUCUGCUUGAUUUUAUCACCACAUUUACAACCACCGAAAAACCAUUAAGUAUUUUCAAAUGGCCACUGAUAGAAUGUGACGCGAAUGUCUAUCAUCCAAUUUAUUAUGAAGUCACUACUAUGAAGAAUGAGCUGACAAGCAUAACACCGCCCUGGUGCAUUAAAGUUCGUGACAUGCUUCAAUUUAGAAGUCUUUCUGCUGUAAACAGCAAAGGAGAUAUAAUACUUUGUCCUGACCCUACUAAGUGUUUCCUUGCAAAAUUCGACAGGGAAACGGGCAAGUUAGAGCAAUUUAAUAUUCCUGCGUUGGACAAGGGAGAAGAAGAAGACAUCAAAUGCAACUACUUAGCUGUCGAUGAAGAUGAUACAGUGUACUUGCUGACACGUUACAGUCAAGAGACUGAUCAUUAUAAUCUAUCUGUUUGUGAUUCAAAUGGAAAGGUUAUUCAUCAUCAACCCGUUGAAUUUCUAACAGGGAAGGAAUGUCGGUGUUUUGGAAUAACCAAAGAUAAAAGACUUGUUUUCUGUUGUGAAUUUGAGCAGAAUGAUCACAAUGUUUACAUAUGUGACAGGAACGGGCAGUUGAAGAAUAGCUUUCCUGCACGCAUCUCUGACAAUCUAGUUGUAAAGGACAUGUUUAGUUCCAAUUAUAACGAAAUUAUGCUUGUUGCAGUAAGGAAACACAGCAGACCUAGUUCCAUAUAUCUUCAUAUUUACUCAGUGGAAGGACGUUCAGAGCGAGACAUUAAACUAACACUGCCUGCUGGUUCGGGCUCUCCCAGCUCUUGUACUGUAAGGUAUAAUUAUCGCUCUAAUAAAAUCAUUUGUUUGGUUCGAACAAUGAUGGGUAACGAGUGGAGAUAUCUACAGUUUUGUACAGAAACUGGUGAAUUACAAAGAUCAUGUGGUCGUAUUAACAUUAAUCAUCUGGGAUUGAAACCAAAUCUUAGCUCACAUCCAAAGGGUAAUGUGGCUUUGGUAUGCCAAAAUGGUGCACUGUUCAUGCAAUAG